CAAGAAGUCAACGGUUAUAUCCCUUUGCACAGGAAGUUAUAUUUAACGCUAUAAUUAUUGUUACCAAAUUAUUGGUACACACGGAUUGACGCUAGAUGCAUUAUUGACUGCUGAGAGGCAUGAUCCAGAAUAUUAGAUAAUAUUGAAAACAAUAUCUUGGAGUAAAAUGAUUAUUAGAUGGAGAAACAGCUUCCCAGUUACAUAAAAAUAUCCCAUGGAUGAUAUUUACCAAGUUUACUGAACAAAAUUUUUCUGACCGAAAACAUGGAUCAAAUUCUUCAAGGACUUUUUGUUUCUAAUCACCCAGAUAUACUUAAAGAAAAAAUUCUACAAAAAAUAUUAAAAUCACCGAAAACAGCACAAGACACAGUCCCAGUUUUAAACCUUGCUGUAAAAUGGUCAUUAGAUGGAGAAACUGCAUUCCAAUGUACAUCCGGUGUUCGACUUUACGAAAAUUGGGCAAGAGACAAUGAAGAGAUAUUUCAAAAAUAUUUCAACAAAGUUUUAAUGAAUGAUAUCUUAAUUAAUUCACACCAAAAUCCAACAGCAGCCAUUGUUAUCAUCGAAAAAUCGUUACAAAUUUUAAAAGGUACUGAAUGCUAUGCAUCAUUAGUGAAAUAUUUCCAGCAAUUAAUCACAAUAUUUUUAAAACAGAACAGUAAUUUACAAUGUUUAGCUAUAAUCUUUUCUUUAUUGAUGAAACAGCCUAAAUGUGUUCCUGUUUAUCAACGAUAUGACUUCUGUUGUGUGAUCAUUGAUAUUUUAUAUGUUACUAGAACACCAAAACAAGGAGUUAAUUUUUUACAAGAAGUUAAAACUAUAAAUACAGCUGGACAAAUUUUAUUUCAAUUAUGGGAAAAUUGUACUCCUAAUAAUUCUAAUGAUGACACAAAGAAAAAUUCAGUUCAUUAUCUGUUUUCCUUAAUUUCGCAGCCAUUUGACAGUCCUGCUGUCUGUCUUGGAACGUUGAGCCAAAUACCAGUUAAAUCAGUAGAAGAAAUUAUUGAUUUAAUUAAUAUUGAUGUAAUUAAUAAACCUAGAAUCUCCAACACAAUUUAUCAAAUUUUACAUUGGCUGGAUUGGCCAUUUUCUCAACGAGUACAUAUAUGGAUAAUUGGGAUAUUUGAAAAAUUAGCAGCAGCAGGAUUUGAUGAAGUUUUAAAAGAAAUUGCUCAGGAGGCUAUUGUUUUCAUAGUCAACAUGCUGAAACCCAUUGCUUCUAGAGAAUCUGCAGCUAAGAUCUUGGUACAUAUAUAUACAAAGAUACAGCUGAGUCCUGAUAGUACCUCUCACAUGAUAAUGUCUUUGGUCGACAUCAUUCCAAUAUUAGCAGAGGAAAAAAGCAGCACAGGUUUAGCAUGCAUUGAAAUUUUAUUGGCCAAUAUGGAGUUGGAAAUAUAUUGGCAUUCUAAAGAACCAUUUAUAAAAUAUAGACAGACUUGUUUCUCAAUCAAAGAACUGCAAUUAAAUAAAGUAAAACCUCUUGCAGCGUUAUGUAAUACUAGUAAUUGCAGAAAUUUUACUGUUCCUCCUCUUGAAAUUAAGAAGGCUCUAACACGCAAAACUGGAUUGUGCAAUGUGAAAAACUCGUGUUAUAUGAAUUCAGCUAUUCAGGUGCUCUUUAUGUUGGAUAAUUUUAGACAAGAGGUAUUAGGCAUGCCAGUGCCCCCUGGUGGAAUCAUCAGCAAACUACAAGAAGUUUUCUCCUAUCUACUAUCAAGCCAACGGCCUUCUUUUUACCCAUCAGAAUUCUAUUGCAAUGCUAAUCCUUCGUGGUUUGCAAAAUAUGAGCAGCAAGACUGUGCAGAGUUUUUGUCACAUCUUCUGAAUGCUUUUGAUGAGGAAGAAAAGAAAAACAGCACGAAAACAGAGUCAUUGAGUGAUAAAAACAAGGGAGAGAUAACUAAAUGCGAAAUAGUAGAUAGUAAAUCAAGAACGCUGAUUGAUAGAAAUUUUUUUGGUAAGCUCAGAAACUCUACAAGAUGUCUAAAAUGUCAAACAGAAACAAAAUACGAAGAAAGAUUUUCGUUUUUGCUCCUAGCAUUACCACAUGAUGAUGAUGAGGAGGAGGAGGUGAAAGAAGAGAAAAAUAUAAAUGAUAAACUCGAUAUUCGAGACUUAAUACAGAAUUACUUCACAGUGGAAGAAUUGAAGGUUAGUAAUCAAUUUAAGUGUCCAAACUGUGAUGAUUAUCGUGAUGGAAUUCGACAAGUUUUCCUCAUAGACGCUCCAGAAUAUUUAAAUCUAACUUUAUCAAGAUUUUCUUAUAAUAAAAAGAAUAAAAAGCGGUCUAAAAUUAUGGCUUAUGUCAAUUAUCCAAAAGAAUUAUGUUUAAAAUGUUUCACUACAAAUGAUGAGAGUUUGGUUGUCGAGGAAGAUAUUAAUUAUGUACUGUGUUCUGUUGUUAUUCAUUCUGGUUAUAACAGUGAUUCCGGACAUUGUAUAUUGCUAUCCCGACAUUCGUGUUUAAUUAAUGAACAUUAUACAAACUUGAAUAAUUUACUAAAAGACAACUGGUAUAUUUUUAAUGAUGAAUCUGUGACAGAAACAAAGUAUAAUUUUUCAGAUACACUUAAAUCAUCAAAAAGUGACACUCCUUACUUUUUUAUAUAUAGACGUGUAACAAAAGAACUAUUAGAUUCAGGUGAGUUAUGCUGUAAUCUAGAAGAACUGCUUGAAAAAUCUGUAAUUCCAGAAAGAUUUCAAAAGGAAAUUUCAAAAGACAAUGAAAGGUAUUUCAAGGAAAAAUUAUCACAGGUCAAAGAUGAAGACAGCACAAAAAAGAAAAAAGAUGACUUUGACUAUGAUGGCAGUGGGAACAGUGGAGGGACAAAUGCUUUUGGCCACUUAGACAUCUUUGGGUCUAAGUUUAUAUACUAAAUUACUAAAUAAUCAUUAUCAUCUCUUCAUCAUCAUUUUAAUGUCCACAUUUCCUUUAUUGCAUGGCUUGGACUGAGGUUAUUAAGGUGGAUUUUCUAUGGCCAGAUGCCCUUCCUAUUACCAACCCUUGUUUCUUAGCAAGGUAAUAUUUUCCCAUGGCCAUACCUGAUUUUGCAGAACAUUGGAAACAAAUGACAUUCAUUUACAACAAUUGUGCACUGUCAAGAAGACAAAAAUACACACACACACACAUUAUAUAUAUAUAUAUCAGGUAGUCGAGAUCUAUAAGAUCCAGGCAAUUAACUCAGUAGCACUCCUGCUCACAGGUUACUUUGGAAGAAUACCAAUGAUACUUACUGUCUAUCAGCCAGUUAAUAAAACAAACAAUGCAAAAUUAA